AUGGAAGAGAAUAAAAUACUCGGCAUCCCGUCACUCACCGUCGAAGAUUUGAACAAACUCGCCGAGUUGAAGAUCGACGAUCGAAAUCUCAAGCGAAAAAUAGAGCUGAUGACUUACACCGCUUACUACGAAAUGCACGAAAUGGAUCAGGAAAUAAAGACAGCUGAGCAGAACAUUGUAAAGUUGCAAAGAAUGGAGGGAAUUUUCCGGGAUACCUCAAACACUUUCGAAAAUAUUCAAAAAGAAAUUGAAAAGGCCCCGAAACUUUUUCACGGGAAAUUUUCAAUCAUCGUCGAGUCCAUUUUCGCUCUACAGAUGAAGCUUGCCAAGGUUACGCUUCGAAGUGCCAAAAGAGCGUCCUCAAGCUCCAGCUCGGCAUCAGAAAUCUCCAAGCUCGGAAACGAAGUGCUCGCUUCGAGUUUAUUCAAUCCUUCGAGCGAGAGCGUUAUGAGGAACUAG